AAUUUAUCAAUAAAUGUACAAUGUAUGUUAAAAAAUAUAAGUAAUCAUUUAAUAGGUGAUAAUAGAAUUGAAGAAUUGAUGAAAAGACAUUUUAAAGAAGCAGUUGAAAAUAAGUUAAAUGAGGAACACGUUUAUGCGGAUAUUAAAAAUACACCAUGUAAUUUAGAUGAUACCAGUUACACAAACAAACCGCAAUGUUUACGUUUUUUGGAAGAAUGGUUUGAGGAAUUUAUUCAAAAAAAAAAAAUAUAUGAAGAACGUAUGAAACAAACAUGUCUUGAAGGUAAAAUAAUUACACAAAACCUAAUAGGUGGACAAAUAACUGCACAAUUGGGAUGUUCAUUAUAUUGCAAUGAAUAUAAUAAAUUUUUGCGUUCAAGAAAAGAAUGUUAUGGAAAAUAUAUUAGAAAUUGCAUCAAGGAAAAUCCAUUGGAUCAAAAAUCUGAUCCUACGUUACAAGCUGAUAUGGACGCAACUAUAAGACAAAUGAAAAACAAAUAUAAUUGUGGAAACGAUUGUGGAGAACCUGGAGAACACAAUUUAAAUCUGUUUUUCAAUCCUAAUAUAUUAUCUCAGCAUGAAACAUUUUGCUGCAGUUGUAUAAAUACUGUUGGUGAUAUAAAGGAGAUAUUUGGAAAAGAUGAUAAUGAAUCUAGUUAUAUUGAUGCCAUAUUAAAUAAAUUAAGUACAUGUGCAAUAAAAGAUGAUACGUUAGAUGGAGCUAAAAAUGGCAAAAUAAAAACUAAUAGUGGAAACGAUACAGAUAUAUGUAAGAUACAUUAUACUGAUUCUUUUUUGAAAGGAAAAGAAACAUGUAUUGGAAUUCCAUGUAAUAACUAUUACCAAAAGAAAAAAGAAUGGAUAUGUGAUUCUAAAAAACAAAUAUCUGGCGAACAAUUAAAAACUGGAUGGAGUGAUGGAACAAAAAGUGCCUGUUUACCUCCACGAACACAACGGUUAUGUCUAGGUAGAAUAUAUGAUAAUAAUUGCACAGAAAAACGGAUUGAAAAUAUUGAUACUAAUGAAAAAUUAUUAAAUGAAUUAAUUAUUGCAGCAAGAUUUGAAGGUACCCAAUUAUAUAACAAAUACAUAACUCAUGAUCAAACUAAAAAUAGAACUGAGGACGAAAAAAUGAAACGAUUAUGCAAUGCUGCAAAAUAUAGUUUUGCCGAUCUAGGAGAUAUAGUAAAAGGAACAAGUAUAUGGGAAAAUAAUGAUACUCGUACAAUGGAAAGGAAAUUAAUAAGUGUUUUUAAAAAAAUAUAUGAGAAAAUAGAUAAAGCAAAUCAAGAAAAAUAUAAAGAUAGCACUAAACCUGCUCAAUAUUUGAAUUUGCGCGAAAUAUGGUGGAAUACUAAUAGAAAACAUAUAUGGAAAGCCUUAGUUUGCAGCAUCGAGAAAUCAGAUACCAAAAAAUCAUUUUCAUGUAUAUCAAAGGAUGAACCACCAAAUAUCGAUUAUAUGCCGCAAUUUUUAAGAUUUUUAGAAGAAUAUUCCCAAUAUAUAUGUGAAGAGCAAAAGGAAAAAUUAAACCAUGUACAACAAGAUUGCAAAUUGUGCAAAGAGGAUGCGUUUAAAUGUUCUUCAAAGGAUAGUCAUGAGUGCACAAAAUGUUAUAUUGCGUGUGAAAAAUAUAAAGAUUUUAUGUUGGAUUCUCAGAAUAAAUAUAACAAACAAAAAAGUAAAUAUAUAUCAGAAAUUGAUAAAUAUGUUAAAAAUAUUAAAAAAAGUAAUAAUGCAAAAAAUACAAAUGAUGAAUUUUAUAAUUUAAUAAAAAGGGAUUAUAAAAAUAUAGGGUAUUUUUUAAAUGAACGAUUGAAGGACGACAAAAAUAGUUGUAAUUUGAAAUAUAAUAAUAAUAUUGAUUUUAAUAAUGAAAAUAAAGUAUUUAAAGAAAUUCCAGAAGGGUAUGAUAAAGCAUGUAAUUGUAAAAAUAUAAAGAAUUAUACUAAAUAUGAUGAAAAAAUUAAUGUUCCAUUGAAAGCAAAUUUGGAAAAAAGUGCGUGUAUGCUUGAUCAAAAGGAUAAUGUAUAUGGUAAUAAAGGAACCCUAUGUAAUAAUUCUAAAAGUGCUGGAACGGUUAAACACUGGGAAUGUAAUUUAAAUAAUAAUAGUGUAUUUAGAUUAAGAAAUGGUUGGAAUAACGACAAAAACGAUAACGGUGCUUGCUUGCCUCCUAGAACGCAAGAAAUAUGUUUAGCAAAUUUAUCAAAAGAAGACUUAAAAUCAAAAAUUGAUGAAAAAUCUAACUAUGAUAACGUUAAAAAUACCAAACUCUUGACUGAAAUAGCUCUUGCAGCAAAACAUGAAGGGGCGUUGUUAUGGGAAUUGUAUAAAAAUAAUCCUUCGCUAGCAUGUAUGAAAUUACGCAACAGUUAUUCUGAUUAUGGAGAUUUAGUUAAAGGAACAAGUAUAUGGGAAAAUACAAAAAGCAAAACAGCCGAAGACAAUAUCGGAGAUAUUUUAAAAAAUAUUUUUAAAGAUAAAUUUAAAUCUGAUUAUAAAGAAGAUAUAAAUAAAUUAAGAGAAGAUUGGUGGAAAGCAAAUAGACAAGAUAUAUGGAAUGCAAUGACAUGCGAAAUACCAGAUUAUGCAACGUUUGUCAUUACAAAGAAACCAUCAGAUGGUCAAGGAAUAGAAUAUAAUGUUACGGGGAAAUGCGGAUAUUCUCAGGAAACUCCAAAGGAUGAUGAAAUACCUCAAUUUUUACGUUGGUUCAAGGAAUGGUCCAGUGAUUUUUGUACAGAAAAAAAUAAAUAUGAUAUAAAUAAUGCAUUUGUAAAUACCAUAGGGGAAGAUAAAAAUAUAUUAUCUAUGUGUAAAGGUUGUUCUACAAGUGGAACAGACUGUCUUUCUACCUAUGUAAAGUCCAAUUAUAAGUCUUCAUACGUAACAUGUGCUACAUGUCAAAAAACAUGUAAGGAAUAUAAAGACUGGAUAAAUAAUCAGAACUCAGAGUUUUCUAAACAAAAGAAUAAAUACGAAGAUUUAAUUAAUAAAGCCAAGGAAUACAGACUCAGUAAUCUUAAUUCAAAUGUCGAUAUAUCUUUCAAUAAAACGACCGAAUAUUUACAAAAACUAAAAGACCAAAAUAUGAAUGGACCAGAUCAAUAUUUGCAAUCAAAUAUAUUUGAAACACAAUGUUUUAAAAAUAUCGAUGUGGAUUUUACUAACAUACAUAAUACGUUUAAUGAAAAACAUAAAUAUUGCAGAACAUGUGAUGAACAACCACAUCUGAAGGAAAUGUUUCCCCAUUUAAAUUUUACUCAGGAUGGUAUUGAUAAUUAUAAACCUGGAGAUAAACCUACUGGAAACGAUGAGACACAUGAUGUAGAUCCAAAUUCACCAGUAAAACCAACAGAAUCUACGAAAGACGUUGCAAAAAAUGAUGACAUAGAUAUUGAUAAUAGUAAAGGAAUUAAUUGUAUGGGCGUAAAAGAAUUGAGUAUGGUUAAAGACGGUGAAAUCGAUAUAUGUAUGCCUUAUAAUUAUGAAUUAGAUGGUAGUGGUGUAAACAAGCAAAAUCGAAAAAAAUACAUGAUAAGUCAUAUUCCUACAAUUGAUUGUACAAAGUCAGUUUUUCACAAAAAUAAUAACGGAGGAUGUAGUGAUAUUUGUCCGUGUCAUACCAAUAACGCUAAUACUAAUAAAUGGAUAUGGACAAAAGAAAAUGGUAACAACGUAGGAUUAAAAAAGGAUAAUAAUUAUGCAAAUAAAAUAGG